ACAACAGACGAAAUCGUUAGUUGAACAGACAGAAUUAGAUCUCCGACAGAGCGAUGAGCCUGAACAACAAAGAACAUAGUGUUUUGAUACCCGCCGCAGAGUGGGCGGAUUUGCGCGAUGUGUACAGACAAGACUGGCCGAAGAAUGCAUACAGCUUCAACGUCCUAGAAAACUAUAUACAGUUGGCACGCAAAGACCCUGAACUAUGCAAACGUGGAGUACGCAUUUGGAGCAUUGAUAAUAACUGGCGAGAGCAUGGUAUUUACAUAUUGUACGAUCAGACGGGUGACGCCUAUAUUAUUCGAGUAGACGCUUACUCCAUUGAGCGCAAGGAACUUUUCCAAACAGCCUUAAAUCAACUGGACUUAGUAUUUUGUGAUGAGGUUAUUUUUCGGGAAAAAACCGCCAAAAAAGUUACACAAUUUCUGCAAGAGCGAGGGUAUUCAUUGGAAAACAAAUACUAUCCAGCGCAGUUGUAUCACUUGAGUAAAGAAAGCAGUCUCAAACUACAGCUUAGAGAACGCACGGAUUACAUCAUUAAGCCUUUAACACUAGCCGAUGUCGAAGUAGUCGAGAGCGUUUGGCUCUAUAAAAGGAAGGGCACCGGCGACGUUUUAGAGCGCAACAUCAAGCACAACCUCUCCUUUGGCGCUUAUCACCGCGAUACUGGUGAACUGUGCGCUUGGGUCUUGAUAAAUGAGUUGGGCGUUAUAGGGUUUUUGUAUGUGAAAGAUAAUUACCGGCGGCAGGGUCUGGCUGAGUAUUUGGUGAUCCACCUGUGUCACGUGUUGGCUAAGCAAGGAAGUGACGCCACAGCUCACAUAGUGGACGGAAAUACGCCAUCGUUGAAACUCUUUAAGCGGCUGGGAUUUGAAGCUAUUGAGUAUGACUAUUGGUUUUUAAAGGCGGAGCUCUGAAGUGAAGCGGAACAGCACAAACAAGUAGCUGCCUGAAAUUGAGAAGAGCGCUCAAAAUAAA